AUGGCCCUCAUUACCAUCGCAGGCUACCCCGCCGCAGGAAAGUCCACCCGCGCCGCCCAGCUCGCCGCCUUUCUCGACGCCGCCAUACACAGCGACGACUACAACGGCCCCAUUGCCAAGGUCCUCGUCGUCUCAGACCACUCUCUUGCCCUUUCUCCCCAUGUCUAUGACGCAGACAGCAAAGCAGAAAAGCCUGCCCGAGGCGCCCUCUUUGCCGCCGUCCAGCGCAUGCUCGCAACGGACACCAUCCUCAUUCUAGACUCGCUCAACUACAUCAAGGGCUUCCGCUACCAGCUCUACUGCGCCGCUCGCGAGCUCAAGCUGCGGACCUCCACGAAUCUGUUUGCACGAUUUGAAGAACCGUCGUCCAUGGUCCGGUGGGACGCGCCCCUUUUCACUGUGCUGUGGGACGACAAAGACAUCCCGGGCGCCGAGAUAUGGGACGCGAUCACGAAAGGCAGCGUCAAGCCGCCAAACUCUGGGACCCUCUCGGCGGCCAAAGCGCCCGUGGAUGCACUGCACGUGCUAGAGCAGGUCACAACAAACCUGGCAACCGCUAUUGUGUCUGCAUCGAGCGCGCAGGCCACGGGCGGGACGUCAAUGGUGUUCGCAAACGGGGUGCAAUUCACGGUAAAUCUGCCACCGCGGGCGAUGACACUGUCGGAGCUGCAGCGCCUGAAAAGACAGUUUGUAAGUGUGCACAAAAAGGCAAUAACACUGGGGACGACAGAGCGGGGCGGGGUGGAUUGGGGGGCGGAAAACAUAGGACGCAAGUUUGUAGAAUAUGUAGAGGAGCAUUGGCGAUAA